UACAGGCUGCAGGUUUGCCUGCGGAGCUAUUUGACAAAACAAACCAAAGGACUCGCACCCGAUGACUCGAGAGACGAAAUUUUCAUUACUGUCUCUGGUACAAUGUUGCACAUAAGCGGUCAACACAAAAUGAACGAAUCACUCUCUGAGACACUCGUUACUCCCGAGUCAUGUUAAAGAUUCGAAUCGUUCAUGAACGAGUGUGACAGGCUGUUUUGACGUUUACUAUCGCUAAAAUGAAACGAUGUUUCUUAACUGUUGGAGAAAAGUUUUCGUCCUGUUUGAUCUGGAUUCUUUUGAACGGCAUAUGGACAGCAGGUGUGGAGGUUAAAGGUCAGUAUACAACAGUGAGGCUUUGGGAUGAAGGCGCCUACACUAGAGGACCAUUUGAGACGGACGUCAAUAUCACAGUGCUUGUUCCUCCGUUGGUUACUGUGGAUGGAAAGGCGCAUGUUUCUGAUGAUUCUGAAGUGACUUUGGCAUCAUGCUUUGCCUCUAAAUCACAGCCAGCAGCAGAUGUGAUGUGGAGACUGGGAGAUCUGAAUGACUCUCUGAUGACCAAAACCAACUAUAUGCUGCAUCCAGAUGGAACUUUUACUGUUGUGUCCCAUCUGCUGGGUGCACCAUUAAGACAUUUAAACCAGAAGACGAUCCAGUGUGUGGUAACACACAGCACUCAAAGGACAAAGGAAUAUGAAGUGGACUACGUAAUAAAUGUGCAUUACCCCCCGGAACUGGUGAUGAUAAUUCCCGAUGAUCCGACAGAGCCGAAAGAGUUUCACUGUGAAGCUGAUAGUAACCCAAGACCCAGCAACUACACCUGGAUCAAAUUGAAUGAAUCUACUCCUCAUUCUCAUGGCGACAAACUUUAUGUCCCAAAACCAGCCUCUGAUUUGAAUGGUGUUUACAUCUGUAAGGUAUCAAAUCAGUAUGGAAGUGCUUCAGGUGUCCUGUAUGUCAACAACCAGACAGAAUCGACAUCGCCAUGCUGUAGUGUGUGCGGUUUUGUUUUCAUCUCCAUCGUGUGCAUUUGUGUGGUAUACAUCUUUCAGCUGAAAAAUGUUUCAAGUGCCAGACAAUCCAGUAGCAAAAGAAACAAAGGAUAAUGAAUAGCAGUGGAUUGGUUUCUACAGCACCUACAUGGGGACUGAAAAUUAUAGGAUAAAAGGAAAUAUUUUAAAUAUUUUUCCCCAUUUUUCUGGUAAAUUUUGUGUCUUGUUCUGUAAUUUUCUAGGUUUUUUGGCAGCUGGGGCGUCAGAAUGUAACUGUUAAAAUACAACUCCUCAGGCUUUUCCUAAUAAAUAUAGUACAUUUUCA